AUGAGCUUAUUGUGGUUUGUAGGAUUAUGGGUUAUAGCCUUAGUGGUUGUGAAGAUUAGCCAUUGGUGGUACCAAUGGUCAAACCCCAAGUCUAAUGGCAAGUUACCCCCGGGAUCAAUGGGCUUUCCUAUCAUCGGUGAGACCUUCGAUUACUUUAAACCUCAUGGAUUCUACGAAAUCUCCCCAUUUAUCAAGAAGAAGAUGUUAAGGUAUGGGCCUUUGUUUCGGACUAACAUACUUGGGGUAAAAACCGUGGUUUCGACGGAUAUGGAUGUGAACUUGGAUAUCUUACGACAUGAGAACAAGUACUUUAGUUUAAGUUAUCCAGAUGGUUUAACGAAGCCACUGGGAAAAGAUAGCUUCUUCUUCAAGACAGGAAACAUCCACAAGCACAUUAAACAUAUCAGUAUGCGUCUUUUGGGCUCUGAGAAUUUGAAGCGAAAGAUAAUAAAAGAUAUGGACUGCGUUACACAAGAACAUCUUAGUUUAAAAGCUAAACAACAAAGAUUCGACGUUAAAGACGCAGUUUCAAAUUUGAUAACAUCCCACUUGACACCAAAGGUGAUAAGUAAUCUCAAACCAGAGACUCAAUCAAAGCUUAUCAAAAACUUCAACGCCUUCAGUUUUGAUUGGUUUCGAACUUCCUAUAAGCUCUCUGCUGUGAGGGGUCUCUACAACACCCUAUGGGCAUGUAAAGAUGGGAUGCAGAUGAUGAAGGAUAUUUAUGCGAGGAGGAAAACGUCAAGAGAGAAGUAUGAUGACUUCCUCGAGACGACGUUGGAAGAGUUAGAGAAAGAAGGAAGCUUAGUAAACGAGGAUGUGAUUGUAUGCCUCAUCUUCACUCUUUGCUGUAUCACUCAAGAUACUACCUCUAAGGCCACUUGCAUGGCUGUAAAAUUCGUAUCGGAAAACCCUAAAGUUCUCGCUGAAUUAAAGAGAGAGCAUGAGGCGAUCCUUGCAAGCAGAGAAGACAAACAAGGUGGAGUUACUUGGGAAGAAUAUAGACACAAGAUGACUUUCACCAACAUGGUUAUAAAUGAGUCGCUUCGAUUGACAAACUUGGCUCCUAUGAUGUUUAGAAAAGUGGUGCAAGACAAGUUGACAAUUUUUUGUGCAAAUAUUUCUACUCCAGGAUACACGAUUCCAGCCGGCUGGAUAGUGAUGGUUAUACCUUCGGUGGUUCAUCUUGAUUCCGAAAUCUAUGAAAAUCCUUUUGAGUUUAAUCCAUGGAGAUGGGAGGGGAAAGAGUUACGGUCGGGAUCAAAAACGUUCAUGGUGUUUGGAGCUGGAGUAAGACAAUGUGCUGGUUCAGAGUUUGCGAGGCUUCAGAUUUCAAUAUUCCUUCAUCAUCUUGUCACCACUUAUGAUUUCUCCUUGUCCAAAGACUGCGAGGUGGUUCGGGCGCCAGGUUCACAAGCUUCAGCUCGUGUCGCAAGAAACCCAGAGACAUGGCCAAAGAGGGAAGAGGUUGCGAGAAUGACUGAAAAGGUGUGGAGAUGUGAUCAGUCUCAGCAGUUACAGCAGAACAGAACAGGACACUCUCAGAGGCUACGUCUCUAA